AUGGCUCCGGUGAUCGAGUCAGCGGGCGCGCGCCUGCUGAUUGUUCUGUGUGUGGUGAUCUGCACCGUGCUGCUGAGCAACCAAUACCUGGAGGAGCUGCUACCACAGGUGAAGGUCUCCGCGGAAGUCGCAUGGGGCUUGGUCUCCAAGGGAUAUGGUUUGCUCUACGUCAUGGUCUUCGCGUCGUUCCACAACCAGGUCGUGCCUCUUUGCGGAAAGAAAGGAGUUUCCCCAGUGUCCGACCUUCUCUCGCGGGCGAGCAAGGACUUUCCUGGAUACCGGAAGGUCCUGUACUUUCCGACGCUUCUUUGGCUUGAUGAUAGCGAUGCCAUGCUCGUGGCUUUGAACGGUGUCGGUCUGCUGGCCGGCCUUCUUGCCAUUUGUGGCGGCUUGGCAGGCUGGCUUGGCCUACUCGUCGCCCGAGUCUGCCUGCAGUCUCUGGCAGUUGCAGGAGAGUUCUGGUACGUUUGGGAUUACAUGGUUCUCGAGGCGGGGGCCCUGGUCCUCCUGCUUCCGACUUCUGCACCGCUGCCGGCCCUUAGCCUGACAUCGAUGCCAGCUCCGUGUGUGGCACUGGCCUGGCAGUUUCUGGCUAUUCGCCUCAUGCUCGGUUUCGCGAAGACGAAGUUCGGUGGGGCUCGCGUUUUCGAGGACAACCUGUACCUUCAGGGAUUUUUCAUCUGGCAGCUGCUGCCCAAUAAGCUCAGCUGGUAUCUGCAUCACGCGCCCUUGUGGUUUCUCAGAGCCGGCUAUGUCUUCAUGCUCUAUGUUGAGGUGAUUCUGCCGCUUUGCGCCUUCUGGGGAGGAGCGCCCCGCUACAUCGCUGCCUGCGGACUGAUCGCGCUGAUGUUCGGCAUCUACAUGACAGGAAACUGGGGCGCCUUCAACUUCGGAUAUGCCAUCGUCUGCGUCGGCUUGUUCGACCUGGAUGUGGCAUAUUCGAGCUUCUUCUCUGCCAGAGAGCUGGGCGACUGCUUCUGGUCGGAUAUCCUUCUUCGCCCACUGAUGACGGUUUACAUGUUUCUGAGCCUCAUCUACUGCUUCUUCGAUACCUGGACGAACACCUCCUGGCCCUACUACUACUGGGAGAUCAUCCCGGAAUUCCAGCUCCAUGGGCUGAUCGGUCUCAUCAGACUCCUAGGACCCUUUCGCCUGAUCAGCUCUUACGGCGUUUUUCCUCCCGAAGCUCUGCCUCAGGUGCGCACUACCUUGGUGUACGAGGGCAGCCAGGGGAAAGCGAAGAUGGCAGACGCGGAGAAACUGCCUCCCCUGGAUGAUGACACCGCUAGCGGGCCCGAGUGCCUGGAAGCCCCCAAGGGCGCGGUGAAGAUCUCGCCAGGGCGGUUUUGGCAAGCUCGUGCGGAGGAGCAUGUCCACGUCAAAGACGGGCAUGCCGACUCCACCGACAAGAUGCUGCAGAAGCAAGCAGAAAUUCUAAAGCGGCUGGACCAUCAGACGGAGCUCUUGAGCCUGCUCGUUUCGAAGCCUCCCUUGGGGAUGCGGAGAAUCAGCCUGGAGCGGCCUGAAGUUGCCGCCUGCCACAGCAGUGGCUGCAACAGUGGCUGCAACAGCGGCUGCCACAGCAGUGGCUCUCAGCCGGUUCGGGCGAAGGUGAAUUACGACGAGCCAGCUCGGCCCAAAAGAACUUCGUUUACGCCCCAUCUCUUCAAGACCUUCUCGCAGACCGAGCUAAGCCGGCGCCGGGAGGCCAAGGCUGUCUCAGUGGAGCGAUCGGUGACGGCCGCGAUGUCUUCGGAGGCGCCACCGUACUGCGCAGAGCGGCUGGUGAAACAUCCUGGCUUUGACCUCUUCUUCACCGUGGUGGUCGUCACGAACUCGAUCUUUAUUGGUGUGGAGCUGCAGCUCAGCAUGUCAACUGGGUGCAGGUCAAUCCCUGUACAGGCUGUACAGUACGUCUACACUCUUCUCUUCACUCUCGAGCUUGUGCUCAGGGUUCUGGGGCAGGGCCCCAGCCUAUUCUGGCGUGACGAGUGGACAUGGGCCUGGCUUGAUCUAUUCAUCGUCGCGACGUCCUUGUGGGAGGUGGCCGUGGAUGUCUACUAUUACAGCCAGGGCAAUACGGACCUCGCCGUCCUAUCAGGCAUGUCGAGCCUGAAAGCCUUCCGGAUCAUCCGAAUCACCAGGCUCAUCAAGGCUGUCAGGCUCGUGCGGAUCCUGCGCUUCGUCAUGGCUUUCCGGACACUCAUUACCUCCAUCCUGCACACGCUGAAGUCGCUGUUCUGGGCCCUCAUGCUGCUGGCCUUGAUCAUCUACGUAUUUGCAGUCCUAUUUACGCAAGCUGUGAACGACGUGCUGAAGGAUCCCGAGUCGGGCCUUUCGCAAGCAGAUAUCGAUGCCAGCGUGCUCUACUUUGGUACGCUUCCGGAGACGAUGUUGAGCCUCUUCAUGAGCAUCUGCGGUGGUGUGAGUUGGGAGAAUGUCCUGGCACCACUGAAGAGUAUGUCCGUGAUUUGGGUCCUGCUCUACCUGUUCUACAUAGCCUUCACUUAUUUCGCAGUAAUGAACGUGGUAACUGCAGUCUUUUGCCAGAGCGCCAUUGACGGGGCCCAGAACGAUCACGCAUCGAAGGUGCAUGCGAUCCUCUCGAACAAGGAGGAGCAUCUGGGAAAGAUCCGGGCUUUGUUCUCCCAGUUCGGAGCAGAAGACGGCGUCAUCACCUUCGACCUCUUCCGGGAAAAGAUCAAAAGUCCAGAGGUGCGUCACUAUUUCCAAACUCUGGGUUUAGACGUGUGGGAUGCGUGGUCCUUCUUCAAGCUGCUGGAUGAGGAUGCGGGAGGGGCCGUGGAGAUCGAGGAGUUCCUGAUGGGCUGCUUACGGUUGCGUGGGCAGGCCACGGCUAUGGAUGUUGGAAAGAUCAUCAACGACCAGCAGUGGCUGAUUCGAAACCAAGGCAAGUUCCACGCCUACAUGGAGGUCGAGCUUCGGCAGCUGAAAGAGCAAGUGUCGAUCCUGACGGGUGUCAAUCUUUCGUCUGAUGAGCACAUAGGGCUCAUCUUCGGGCAGAAGGAAGAUAUGAGUCCCGGCCAUGCGAGCCAUGAGAGCACAAGCCACAUGAGCUUCGGCAUUGAGCCGAGGCUGGACAUAGUCUUCACCAGACAAGCGGACAAUCACACCCUUCUAGGCAAAACAUGGAAGACCUACCCGUACCGCUACCAGCCACACAGCAAGGAGUCCGUGCCGUGCCGCCUCGCCCCUCACCAUGCGCGCCUGGACCACCGCGCACACUACCCCUUCGAGGUGACCAGCAAGAGUGACCUUACCUCUGCUUACAGCCUGACGGACCACAAUCCGUACUGCUAUACCCCCGUGAGCUUCGCGCACCGCGUCGCCCAGCGCUUGUUGGAGGGCGAGGAGUCCGUCCUGGGCCUGUUUGCAUCGAACCCGUUCCCAGAGAAGGCUCCAGCUUUCGUCCGAGUCACAGGCUACGGGCUGAGCCCGUGCAGCAUCGCCCACCACCAGAAGACGGGGAACUGGUGGCAUGCACAGCAGUUGUGCGAGGUCGUGCCUCCGCGUCAAACUGAUCCCAGCAUUUGGCAGCGGUGGGUUCCGCACGCCGAGUGCUUCCACCCAGAGCAUGAAGUAUGGCGAAGCCGCAGUGGCCCGGUACAGGCCCUCCGUGCCAGUGACCCGAGUGAUGUCGACGCAGCGGUUGUCUGCGAGGGCAUCGGCAAGGACGAGGUCGCAGCUUUCUGGUCUGAGUUUAUCCCCAGCGUGCAGCGAGCACGCGGGGACUGGGCCAGUCUUCCUUCACGAGCACGGGAGGUGGCCGAGCGCACGGCCCCUGCCAAACUCGCUCUUUACGAGCGCCUUCUCGCGCGCUAUGUACUGCUUUUGCUUCGACAAGUUUCUCCACAGCUUGUCCAACAGAUUGGCAUUGCUAUCCUCUUCGGCACCUGGCGACUUCAUCUGCUGCUGCACGAUGUGGUUGCUGAAGGCAAAGACGCGUAUAUGGACACGCUCAAGAAUCCUGAGUCGUUGCUUCCGCGGGCCGAGAAGAUCCAGGAUCCACAGCUUCUGGAUUUGCUGGGCCUGCUAAGACCCGCAGACCUGCAGUUCGAGGACUGCAAGUUCCAUUACCAUUAUGCUGCCAAGCAGCGCCCCGACCGUCGUGGUUUCCUCAAGAGCAUCUGCGAGUUUGAUUAUGGCGGCAUGUACUCCUUCGUGAAGUUCAUGGCUCAGCAACCCAGCCUGUCGCCACUAUGGCUGCCCAAGGCCGAGUUGCUGAAUUCCGGGGCUUGGAUCGUGGAGGGCUACCAGGACCAAGGCGAGGCAACUGCAUCCUCGCUGAGUGCUCCACUUGUCAGGUGGCGGAGGACCCCUUCCGAGGAUUCACGUCGCUGUGAGCGACACAAGCGGGUGCUCUUCGUCAAAACGGUCGUGGGUGCAAGCCUCAGUUCCCCAGGGGGAAAGAUCGAGAAGACCGUGGAGAUUCCCUAUGGUCAUUGCGAAGUCGGCCUGUG